AGCACCUCUUUUGGAUCCUCUCCCUGGUCAACUAACCGGUCGCCGAUCUAGACGGUAGACUUCAUCGUCCCAUCCGAGUCAAACCUACCCUGUCUAAUCUCCCGGUCCAAGCCCCUUGGGUGCCCGAGCCCCUAAUCUCGCGAACAGCCGCCGGACCCAAGCUACUACCUUUCUUCUUUCCUCUCAAGGAAAAAACAACAAACCACGACUUGUUUCGCUCAGCUUGACUGCAGUUCAAUCAUCAGCUCGUGGUUGAGGCGGCCUUACAGCAACGCGAUUGUCGACUUGCGAAGUAGCUGAUAUCAAAGUUCAGUUCAAGCAAGGGAGAACAAUCGCCCGCAUUAUCUGAACUUUAUCACCAUUCGAGAAACAGUACUGCAUCUUACAUGAACUCUCGACGCGCCAGAAGCAACUCCAACGACCGUCGGCUUCUUUGGCUCUAGAAGCUUGGCUCAAUCAACAACACCAAGCGCGUGUAAAUCACGCCGAACCAUUUCCCGCAUAUAUCCAACAUCCUCUUUUUUAAUCAUCAACAUGGACGCCAGGCCGUUCCGCCCAAGAGGCAACGAAAACGCACCCGAUCUUCACCAACGGCACAAGUCAACCGGAAACCUGGCCACGAUGGCCUCGGCGGUAGCAGGCGGCCUUCGCGGUCCCGCUAAGCGAGCUGCGUUUGGCGACGUCACGAACCUCAGCAAACAGACCGGCCACACACGCGACGAGAACAAAAUCAAGAUUCACACUUCCAACGGCACUACCCAAGGCCACGUAGCUGUUGCCAUCAACAAGGAAAACGUCAACUACAGCAAGGGCGCAUUUUCGCAUCCAGCGCAAAGGCCCAGCUCCCACGCACUCACUUCUAGGCCUGCUCUCGAGAAUAAGGCUUCCGACGCAAACAAGAAGCUCGGGCGCGGCGCCCAGGAGGCUGCGGGUCAAGGCUACACCAAGAAGUCCGUUCAUGUAGUGUCCAAGGCUUCAACACUGUCAUCGGCUCAAAACGCACCCGCCCUUCAGCCCCGUCACCACAAGAGUCAGCCCCAGCUCAAACAAAAACAACAACCCAACCUCCGACGCACUCAAAGCAAGCAGCUCGAAAAGGUCGUGCCUAAGCCCGAUGCUGUCGAGACGGGUUACAAGAACACAAACACUGUGUCAAUGCCCCUCCAAGAAGAAUAUCCUUACGAUCACGCCGCCUACCUUGAUUCUCUUUACCUCCCUAUCGAAACUGGUGUUGACCUAGACGCGCUGCAGAAGGAAGAAUUCCACGAGGCUGCCACCAAGCUUCCUGAGAUCACCGAGGAAGAGCCUGUGGUUCCUGUCCUGUCUGAGGGUCCUGCCCCUGCCAUGUCAGAGGCCGAGGAGUGCUGGGACGAAGAAGAAGAGGAUUUUGACGACCAAGACCAAGCAUACACAACGGCGCAUUCUUUCCGUUCCCGCGAUCUUACCGCUGGAGGAGCUACGACAAUAGUGCCGCCGCGAGUGACUGCCCGCGUACAGCGUGAACUAGAAGAAGCUCGUGAAGAGGUCGAGCGCAACCGCACUGACGACGAGAUCGAAGAGGAGCUUUGGGACGUCAGCAUGGUUGCAGAGUACGGCGAGGAGAUCUUCGAGUACAUGCGGGAGCUGGAGAUGAAGAUGCUCCCCGACCCUCACUACAUGGACAUUCAGACAGAGAUUCAGUGGUCAAUGCGAUCAGUCCUUAUGGACUGGCUCGUGCAGGUGCACACUCGAUUUUGCCUGCUUCCCGAGACCCUGUUCCUCACCGUCAACUACAUCGAUCGCUUCCUUUCUUCCAAGAUCGUGUCAAUCGGCAAGCUUCAGCUGGUCGGUGCCACCGCUAUCUUCGUGGCCGCCAAGUAUGAAGAGAUUAACAGUCCAUCGCUUGACGAGAUUGUGUACAUGGUCGACAAUGGAUAUUCUGCCGAGGAGGUUCUCAAGGCGGAGCGAUUCAUGCUCAGCAUGCUGAGCUUCGAGCUGGGCUGGCCCGGUCCGAUGAGCUUCUUGCGACGUGUGAGCAAGGCUGACGACUAUGACCUUGACACGCGAACUCUCGCCAAGUACUUCCUGGAGUUGACCAUCAUGGACGAGCGGUUCGUUGCCACACCGCCAAGCUUCCUCGCCGCCGGAGCGCACUGCCUUUCUCGACUCAUUCUUAAGAAGGGUGACUGGACUAAGCAGCAUGUCCAUUACUCGGGGUACACCUGGAGUCAGCUGAAGCCGUUGGUCACCAUGAUCAUUGAGUGCUGUGAUCAGCCUCACUUGCACCACGCGACAGUCUUUACGAAAUACACAGACCGGCGGUACAAGGAGGCAUCUUUGAUGGUGCAAGCAGCCCUGGAGGCGGGAUUUGCCCUCCCUCACCAGCUGCACCCCGUCCGAAGGGAACAGCCGCAUGAAGCCUAUCACGAUAGCAGCGAUGAUUUGCAGUACAAUCCUCACGGCCAUCUCGUCCCUAUCGAAGGAUGA